UACAGAAUACUGAAGCUACGCGGAGACAAGCAUGCAGGGUUUCCGUAAGUUUAGGCGUUUGAUAGGUAGUAAUUUGUAAUUUUGAAACAACUGACUGGAUGAAUUAGUUGAAGUUAAACCAGCACUUUCCCAACAAAUCAAUGGAAUGUUCUAGAAUGGUCAUGUGAUGUCCACAGACCAGUUAUGUCGUACUUUUGAAAAAUACUCUGACGUACAUGUCUUUGGUUUUUUUCCGAGUAUUUCCAUCGUGCAACCUUAUAUGUAGCUCUUUCAGGGAUGGAAAGACUUAACUAAAGUCUGUCAGGUCGACGGUGAACGCUUAAAAUCUUGUAAGGGUAUGUUAUUUGUGUUCUUUGCUCGUCGUCUUGGAAAACGAAGAGCACUGUGGCACGUGAAGCGUUUUGACCAAUUGGAGCUCGAGUUCCAAACAGAAGGGUAUAAAUACCAGGCGGUUAGUCAAAGAGACGUCCGCCAUUGAAGACUGCCUUGCUGCGAAAACUGUGAAAAACAAGAUUGUACAUUGGUUGUUUUUCAGUUUAUUAUUUUUAAAUACAAUAUAAAGUUGGUUAGUUAUAUAAACGCGAGUAACAGCGUCAAGAUCCAGCACGUCUCAACUGUCCAGCAGAACAUCUCGGCUCAGAACGUCUGUCUCAGUUCGGCAGUAAAAACACUCUUGUUGUGCCAGAGACGGAAAGUGGCACAGGCAGAAGAUGUGCAUUGAGCACUGAGCUGCCCCCCUUCAAAAAAACGCUCUCACAGACCCUCAGCUCUGGGCCCCCACCCCCUGCUGUCCCCCUGGAGAUGUCGGUUAUGAUGCAACCCCCCACGAACACGACGGGCGGGAAUCCCCCGCCUCCAGAGUACAAAAACCCCAGGAAGCCUGGCCGUCUCACCAAUCAGCUGCAGUACCUGGAGAAGGUGGUGGUGCGAGCGCUGUGGAAGCAUCACUUUGCCUGGCCUUUCAGAUACCCUGUGGAUGCAAUCCGUCUCCAGCUACCUGAUUAUUAUUCUAUCAUUAAAAAACCCAUGGAUCUGAACACAAUCAAGAAACGUCUAGAAAACAACUAUUACUGGAAGGCCAUGGAAUGUAUUGAAGACUUCAACUCAAUGUUUACCAACUGCUAUUUGUACAAUAGGCCUGGAGACGACAUUGUCCUGAUGGCCCAGGCUCUAGAGAAGCACUUCCUGGAGAAGGUAGCGGAUAUGCCUCAGGAAGAGACCGAGAUGAGCGCCGUGACGACGAAGGCUCCGGGGAAGGGGAGGAAAUCCUUGUCAGGCCCGGUGAAACAGAGGCCCCAGUCUCCGGUGUCAGAGGUUGUGUUCCAGCAGACAGUGACGGUCAUCCCCCCAGAAGCGCUUCACACCAUGCCCAGCACCCCUCUCUCUGCUCAGCUCUCUGCAAAAAUCAAGAAAGGGGUGAAGCGAAAAGCAGACACUACCACGCCAGUGGGCCCCACACUCCCCAGCUGUGAGCCAGCGGCGUCGCCGGGCGUGGACGAGGCCAAGGCCCUCAAGGUGAUCUCCCGGCGGGGCAGCGGCCGGCCCAUCAAGCCCCCGAGGAAGGACCUGCCCGACUCGCCUCAGCAGCACCACCACGGCGCCAAGAGGGCCAAGCUGUCGGAGCGCCUCAAGCACUGCAACACCAUCCUGAAGGAGCUGUUUGCCAAGAAGCACUAUGCCUACGCCUGGCCCUUCUACAAGCCCGUGGAUGUGGAGGUUCUUUGCCUGCACGAUUACCAUGAGAUCGUGCAGCAGCCCAUGGACAUGGGCACCAUAAAGAGAAAGAUGGACAGCCGAGAAUAUACCGAUGCCCUGCAGUUUGCGGCGGAUGUUCGGCUUAUGUUCUCCAACUGUUACAAAUACAACCCCCCCACUCACGAGGUUGUUGCCAUGGCACAGAGAUUACAGGAGGUGUUUGAGUCUCGCUUUGCCAAGAUUCCUCCGGAGCCGGUGAAGAGCGAUCUGCCCGUGCGGCCGCAGAGCCAGAAGGAGAAGAGGCCCAUGAAGAGCCCCUCCAGCUCGGAGAGCAGCGGCAGCUCGUCCGACUCGGACAGCUCCUCCGAAUCUGAGGAGGAGGAGGAUGAGGAGGAGCGGGAGAAGCGUCUGGCCACUCUCCAGGAGCAGCUGAAGGCCGUCCAUGAACAGCUACAGCUGCUGACACAAGUGCCCCUCCUGAAGCCAAAGAAGAAAGAAAAGUCAAAGGACAAAAAGAGGAAAAAGGAAAAGGAGGCCACAAAGCGCAAAUGGGACGACACGAAGGGCCACAAGACCAAGGCCAAAGGCCAGAAGAAGGGAAGCAAGGCCAGUCGCCAUAAGGACGCUAUUGAGCCGUCGGAGGACGAGGCUCCGGCUCCGGCUCUGGCCAUGUCGUACGAGGAGAAGCGGAGGCUGAGUCUGGACAUCAACAAGUUGCCAGGGGACAAGUUGGGCAAGGUGGUGACCAUCAUCAAGGCCCGCGAGCCUGCGCUGCGCGACACCAACCCCGAGGAGAUCGAGAUCGACUUUGAGAUGCUCAAGCCGUCAACACUCCGGAUGCUGGAGGCCUUCGUCCAGACCUGCCUGAGAAAGCGACGCAAAAGCUCCAGCCAGAAAAAGGCGGCGAAGCCCAAAGGAGAGAAGCACGGCACAAAGAAGGAAGCUGACAAACAGAACGGAGGCGAGGAGCUCACCAAGAGGACGAAAGCCAAGAAUGAGGCCCCCACGGCGGUGUGCGAGCUGGGCCAGAGCUCGCGCCUCAGCGACAGCAGUAGCUCCUCCUCCAGCUCUGACAGCAGUAGUAGUGAUUCUAGCUCCUCUGAUAGCAGUGACUCUGAAUCAGAGAAGAAAGCAAAGCGGAAGCAUCACAAAACCAGCGCACACAAAAAGAAAGUAAAAACAAAGGAGUCGAAGCGCGCAGGCCUCCUGAAGGAGGGCCCUGUAGGAGAGGACCCAUCACAGGCAUCUCUUCAGACCAGCGGCUCGUCAGCUCUUCCCUCUUCAGCCCGGGAGGUUUCAGCCUCCACCGCAGAGUCUAAAAGUCUGACGACACAGAAGCAGCACGGCAUUCUGCCUCCAACAGAGUGCAUUGUAUCACCCCCAGCCUUACAUAGUUGCCUGCCCCCACAGCCAGCUCCACCCAGCACCAAAGCAGCCCCUCUACCUCGCAAAAACCGGACAGGCCCCCCUUCACAGCCUCCCAUAGAGCAGGACCCGGCGACGGCCACUUCCUCACCAACAACACCAAAUCCCGAUUCCCCCACACCCUCACACAUAGAUGCAUCAGACACCCCUGAUGAAACCAUUCCCUUGUUCUGUGGCACUAGUGCCACCAGUUCUCCCUAUCUGUCCCCAACCGAUACCUCUGCCCCCAUCCCUCAGCCCCUCUCACAGGAAUCAGGACUGGAGCUGAGUUCUCCUGGUCCUUUGGAGAGCUCUCUGAAGCCUAGUAGCGGUACCCAGCAGGAGGAAGUGCCACCCCUCCUGUCACCUUUGACCUCUCCGCCUUGUGUGGCCACCACCCACUCAGAGCUCAACACACUUGCUCCUCAGAAAGACGAGCCUGUUGGAGAUCCCUCACUGCAGUCCAAACUGCAGGGCACAAGGCAUCAUGACGGUGAAGAUCAACUCAGACCCAAUGCGGACUCGGUCAAACCCAGUCAGCCCAAAAAGGAUAUAGUAUUGAAGAACGCCGACUCCUGGGCAAGUCUGGCUAAGAUGGCUUCGCUGGCCCCCUCUACGCUCAAAGCCUCCAAAGAAAGCUUCCAGCAGUUCCGCAAGGUUGCCAUGGAGAAGGAGGAAAGAGAGCGGGCGCUACGGCGACAGCAACUGGAUGCGGGUCGUGACCGAAAGCCACAAGAGAGAAAUUGCCCCCAGCAGCCAGUGCGCUCUGAGCCAGAACCUCCAACCAGGCAGGACUCGGUGGAGUCCGGUGAGCUGCCCAUAAUCGCUGCCAUCCUGGACCAGCCUAAGGUCACGGAGGAGCAGCCAGCCGAGGCCAAGCCUCCCACACCGCCUCCCACGCCCGGCGCUCAGAGCAGCAUGGACCGCCAGCGGGAAAUGGCUCGCAAGAGAGAACAGGAGCGACGCAGGCGAGAGGCCAUGUCCGGCGUGAUUGACAUGACUAUGCAAAGUGACAUCAUGGCCACAUUUGAGAAGAGCCACUCUAGCUCACUCAGCUAUAAAAUGACUGGAAUCCUGUCCCCCUUCCCAACUCCUACAUGCCCUGCACCUUCCACCUCAGAACCAGAAGUUCAAGAUGCUUGAUGCCUGAACUUUGAAACUUUAACAUCUUUAGCAACAGAAAUGGGUCACAGUUUUAGACACAGGUGGUUGAUUUUGAAACUGUAAAAGAAAAGAAAAAAAACUUAAUGAGGGUGGAGUUUCUGUCAAAAGAGGGUGUGUUAAAACAUGCAUCCUGUAGAUAUUGUACAGUGUUAAAUAUAUAAAUAUAUAUAUAAAAAAUAUACAUGUCUGUAUAUGGCUGAAUGAGGACCAGAUUCUUGCCUUUCUCCAUACUCGUUCCUGGGAUUCCAGGAACCAUCUGCACUGAGUCGCUGUUGAUUGUUCAACUGCAGACCUUUUGAGAGGGAAACUGGGGAGGGGGGAGGGGGGAGGGGG